AUGAAGUACGUUCUGGUCUCGGGAGGUGUCAUCUCUGGUGUCGGCAAGGGCAUCAUCGCCAGCAGUUGUGGGCUGCUGCUGAAGACUGCGGGCCUGGCUGUUUCUAGUAUCAAGAUUGAUCCGUAUCUUAACCCUGAUGCGGGUCUCAUGAACCCUCUAGAACACGGAGAAUGUUUCGUUCUCGACGAUGGAGGCGAGGCCGACCUCGACCUCGGAAACUAUGAGCGGUACCUCGGAGUGACCUUGGGACGGGAUAACAACAUCACCACUGGAAAGAUCUACCAACACGUCAUUGAGAAGGAACGUCGCGGUGACUAUCUCGGAAAGACGGUUCAGAUCGUGCCGCAUCUCACCAAUGAGAUUCAGAACUGGGUGGAGCGCGUUGCGAGGGUCCCUGUAGAUGAAUCGGGACGGGAACCGGAUGUCUGUAUCAUCGAAUUGGGUGGAACCGUCGGAGAUAUUGAGAGUGCACCGUUCGUUGAGGCGAUGAGCCAGCUCCAACGCCGGGCUGGCAAGAACAACUUCCUGGAGAUCCACGUCAGCUAUGUUCCUCUGAUUGGUUCGGAGCAGAAGACCAAGCCUACACAGAGAGCCAUCAGCGACGUCCGCAGCGCUGGCCUCAGGCCGGAUCUGAUCGCCUGCCGCUGCGAGACCCCUCUUGAGGAGAGCACAAUCCAGAAAAUUGCCAAUGCCUGCCAGGUGGAGCGUGACCAGGUUGUUGGCGUCCACAAUGUGUCGACAACCUAUCAGGUGCCGAUCCUGCUGGAGAAGCAGGGCUUCUUGAAUACCAUCAAGGAGCUGUUGCACAUCGAUACAGUGCAGAAGGACCCCAAGCUCAUUGAGCACGGUAAGGUCAUCUGGCAGGAAUGGCAUGGCCUGGCCAUGAGCCAGGACCGGGUCUUUGAGACCGUCUCUAUUGCCCUUGUCGGCAAGUAUACCAGUCUGCAUGAUUCAUAUAUGAGUGUUAGCAAAGCGCUGGAGCACUCUGCUAUGCACUGCAAGAAGAAGUUGGAUCUUAUUUGGGUGGAGUCUUCCCACUUGGAAGAGGAACACAAGGACUCGAAUCCGUCCGAGUAUUACAAGGCCUGGCACUCGGUCUCGACUGCCGACGGUAUCUUGGUUCCUGGCGGUUUCGGUGAGCGUGGUACCGAGGGUAUGAUUAAGAGUGCCGAGUGGGCUCGUACAAACAACGUCCCCUACCUCGGCGUAUGUCUGGGUAUGCAGCUGGCCGUGGUGGAGUUUGCCCGCAACGUCUGUGGGAUGCCCAACGCUGGCAGUGCCGAGUUCCACGAGCACUGCGAGCAGCCCGUGAUUGUCUACAUGCCUGAAAUCGACAAGACGAAGAUGGGCGGCACCAUGCGCCUCGGCAAGCGGGCCACGAUCUUCCAGCCCGGUACCGAGUGGUCUCGUCUGCGCAAGCUCUACGGCGACAAGCAGGAGGUCUGGGAGAGACACCGUCACCGAUACGAAGUCAACCCGGAGCUGGUCGACCAGCUCGAGCAGGGCGGCCUGACCUUCGUAGGCAAGGAUGAGAGCGGCAAGCGCAUGGAGAUCAUCGAGCUCAAGGACCACAAGUUCUUCGUCGGCGUGCAGUUCCACCCGGAGUAUCUGAGCCGGGUCCUGGCGCCCAGCAAGACCUUCCUGGGCUUCUUCGCGGCGUCGGCGGGUUGCCUCGACGAGAUCACGGAAGUUUUCAAGGAUCCACACGAUCUGAGCCACCGCGAGCUGAAGGUUGCUGUUCAAUAG